AUGCGGCCCUCAAUCUCUGUGAUCGCGUGUCUGGUCUCGUCUGCGCUAGCCCAGACGUUCCAGCGGCUGGGUGGAUGCCCGGAUUUGGGAUGUGUUUUCCCUCCGGAUCAGGCCGAUUUCCUGGCCGGUCAAUACUUUGAUAUCCGCUUGGAGGUGCACUCGCCAGUUAAUGGAUCGGAAGCACGGACUGGCGAGCCAGAUCAAGAUUUCAAAUUCACAAUCACCAAAAAGGAUGGUAGUCCUGUUCCAGCCACCAAGUACUUCAAAGUGGACGAACCAGAGCUCGAGAGUUGGAACUUCACGUGGUAUGAAGACCUCUUCGCGCAAGACGCAGACAAGCCCUCCCUAGUCAAUGUCACCUCCAAAAUCUACCGAAGAGUGGCCCUCUACGAGCCAGGAGAAUACGAAGCAACACUAACCUACUACGGAAACGAAAAGACAGUAGCAAACUGGCUUGUCCGCGACCUGCCCAGCAAGCGACGGGCCAAGAACGUCGUCAUGUUCAUCGGAGACGGCAUGACCACGAACAUGAUAACUGCUGCACGUCUGAUCGCACACCGCAGCAUCAACGGCAAGUACAUGACGAAGAUGGCAUUGGACAAAUUCCCCGUCCUGGGCCACCAGAUGACGCACUCGAUGGAUUCCUUCAUUACCGAUUCUGCCAACUCAGCCACAGCCCUCUACACAGGCCACAAGACCACAGUCAAUGCAUUGAACGUGUACGUGGAUUCAUCAAGUGAUCCAUUCGAUGAUCCCAAGUUCGAGACUAUCUCUGAGAUCUUUCGUCGUCGCUACCCGGAUGGCGGAGUGGGUAUUGUGUCGACUGCUUUCCUGGCUGAUGCAACUCCUGCCGGGUUGGCGGCGCAUACAAGCGACCGUGGCGAAUAUGACCAUGUCAUCAGCGCCUACUAUGAGGGUCUGACGAAGUACGAGUGGACGAAUUGGGACGGGCCCGACGUCCUCCUUGGUGCUGGCGCGGAGGAUUUCCUGAAAACCGACGAAACAAGAGAUUACUAUAAUCUCUUCUCGGAGAAAGGGUACAGUCUGGCUUGGAACAAGACUGCUCUCCAUGACGCACCCACCGAUGAGAAGUUACUGGGCGUAUUCCAGAAAUCCAAUCUCGCAACCUGGCUCGACCGCAACGUUUACCAGGCCAACCUUCUCAACCAAAGCAAUUACCCCGACGGAUCUGACCGUGAUGCCGAAGACCUCCCAGGCCUAAAGGACAUGACCCUCAAAGCGAUCGAUGUACUCCACGACCGCCACAGCGAAGACGGAUGGUUCCUUAUGUCCGAAGCAGCCAGCAUCGACAAGCAAAUGCAUUCACUAGACUACGACCGCUCACUAGGCGAACUCCUCGAGCUAGACGACACUGUGCGCGCAACAAUCGAAAAGCUCAAAGACCUCGGCGAACUAGACGACACCCUGAUCAUCGUCACAGCCGAUCACGGCCACGGCUUUGACGUCACCGGCUCCGUAGACACCGAGUACCUGAAUGCCCAGGAAGACGACCGCAGCAAACGCAACGCAGUGGGAUACUACGAGAACUCGGGUUUGUCGCAGUACACCGUUGCAGGACCGAAUUCCUUGCGAUACUCUGAAGGUGUGCAUUUCCCUUCUCGGUGGGACCCGCGGUAUACGCUGCACUCGGGCGUUGUGGCUUUCCCUGAUCAUCGGGAGAAUUACCAGGUGCAUAGUGAGGGUCCGCGCACACCUGCUACAGAGGAUAAGAAGAAUGGGUUUUAUGCUGCUUAUAAGGAUGCUGUUACUGGGUUCGUGGUGAAUGGGACAUUGCCGCUUGAUGCGGGCCAGGGGGUCCACUCUUUGACUGAUGUGCCCGUGUUUGCGCAGGGGCCGUGUCAGGAGCUGUUUGGGGGCGUGUACAACUCCAUUGAUAUUUUCUUCAAUAUGGCGGAAUGUCUGGGGUUGUCGGAGGUCAAGGAGUGA